AUGAAUGAUACAACCACACCUAAAACCGAUGUUGAGAAAGAAAAAAAACUAUUUAAUGAAAUAAGCUCAGCCAUCAUAUUACCUCGCAGCAAGAAUCCUACAAAAACAAGCGAAACUUUCCGUGCCUUUGCAGGUUAA